AUGUUGAGGUCCAUCGGGAAGCCUGAUUUUUCGAGGGUGUGCAUAGACGGAAGGAAAAAACAAGUUAAGCAUGAAAAUGCAGGGACGAACACCGUAGAUUUAUCGUACGUGGCUUCUGCGUACUGUCCAAUUCAAUCACAGCGAAAUCCGCGCGCGACUGACAGCGUCAGUGGAGUCGUAUUGCUGGAGCGCUGGUCUGCAUCGGAUCCACCUUUAUAUUUCUGUGUUCACGGAACUCCCGCGCCACCUCUGCCCGAAGAUACGCCGGACGAGACGAUGCCGCAUCCGAUCCAAGACGCUCCAGCUGAGAUGACCCAGUCCAAUUCGCCCGAAUCCGAGACAUCCACGACCGGGCGAGAAGAUGCGUCGAAGGAGCUGCAGAUUGAGGAGUUGCCGCGUCCACCGGAAAAGGCGCAAGCUGCGGCCGGGCGAGAAGAUGAAUCGAAGGAGCCGCAGACUCCGACCGGGCGAGAAGAUGAAUCGAAGGAGACGCGGACUCCGGUGUCACGGCGUCCGUCGGGAAGGGCGCAAGCUGCGGAGUCGCGGCGCUCGUCGAGAAAGGGGCAAGCUGCGGCCGGGCGAGAAGAUGCGUCGAAGGGGCCGCAGACUGAGACCGGCUCGGUGAAUCCCGAGGAGGGACCUUCUGGCCAACAGAAGGUACGCUGUAGGGUGGGGUGGCAUUGUCGUAGAGUCUCAUGGCCCACGAGGGGUAGGCAUCUCCUGUGCAGGAAAGAACAGUGA